GAGGAACCCUAGAUUUUCUCGUUAAGCUCUCUCUCAUUUACUCUAGAGCUGACCCCAAUUCUAGCUUCUAAAUCCUCGAGUCCAAUUCUCACCCGAAUUCGCGCAUAGAUCCUAGAUCGUUACCCCAAUUCCUUUCCAAUUUUCCUACCCUCCUAUCGGGCUUUACAUCUGGAAUUUUCCUCCGGAAAUUAAGACAUUGUUGAUUCAAUUAUCGUGGCUUGCGCAUGGGUAAGGUUCUCCGAGAAACCUCGAGGCCAUCCUCCAAUUCUUCAUCCCCAUCCCCGUCUUCUCCACCUGCAACAACCUCAUCCACGUCGAUCACCGAGACUGUAAGGGGUUCUCAUCAGUUCAAGAUCACGGGUUAUUCGUUGUCAAAAGGAAUUGGGAUUGGGAAAUACAUAGCAUCUGACACGUUCUCGGUCGGUGGGUAUGAGUGGGCGAUCUACUUCUAUCCUGAUGGGAAGAGCGUCGAAGACAAUGCUACCUACGUAUCGCUGUUUAUCGCGCUGGCCAGUGAAGGCACAGACGUUAGGGCUCUUUUUGAGUUGACACUUUUAGAUCAGAGUGGGAAAGAGAGGCACAAGGUACAUAGUCAUUUUGAGAGAACGCUCGAAAGCGGACCGUACACCUUAAAAUACCGUGGUAGCAUGUGGGGUUACAAGCGGUUUUUUAAAAGAACAGCUCUUGAGACGUCAGACUACCUUCAAGAUGAUUGCCUCUGCGUUAACUGUAGUGUUGGUGUAGUGAGGUCACACACGGAGGGCCCCAAGAUCUACUCCAUAGCAAUACCAUCUUCUAACAUUGGACAGCAAUUUGGGCAGCUAUUGGAACACGGAAAAGGAAGUGAUGUGAGUUUUGAAGUUAAUGGAGAGGUUUUUGCUGCUCAUAAAUUGGUACUAGCAGCUCGUUCACCCGUAUUCAGAGCCCAACUUUUUGGUCCUAUGAAAGAUCAAAAUACUCGGUGUAUAAAAGUUGAGGACAUGGAAGCUCCCGUUUUUAAGGCAUUACUUCAUUUCAUAUACUGGGACUCACUGCCUGACCUGCAAGAGCUUACUGGCUUGAACUCAAAAUGGGCAACUACGUUGAUGGCUCAGCAUCUGCUGGCUGCGGCUGAUCGGUAUGGUUUAGAGAGGCUUAGGCUGAUGUGUGAAGCCAGCCUUUGUGAAGAUGUUGCAAUAAACACUGUGGCCACAACUCUAGCUUUGGCUGAGCAUCACCAUUGUUUCCAGCUGAAAGCAGUCUGUCUCAAAUUCAUUGCAAUGCCUGAAAAUCUACGAGCUGUGAUGCAAACUGACGGUUUUGACUACUUAAAGGAAAGUUGCCCAUCUGUUCUGACCGAGCUAUUGGAGUACGUGGCUAGAUUUACGGAGCAUUCAGACUUCAUGUGCAAGCAUAGGAGUGAGGCAAUUCUUGAUGGCAGCGACAUAAAUGGUCGACGGGUGAAGCAAAGACUAUAGUAUGAUUGUGAACGCUAAAUAUCUAUCUGUACACCCUCUCCUCUCCGAUAAAAGAGAGAGAGAGAGAGCCAUAGAUAGAGAUAUAUGAUAAGCUCUUGUAGGAUUAGGGGCAAUUUUUAAUUUUUUCUAUGUCUGUCUGUAUUUUUUUUAACGCCUAGGAGAUGUAAAUGUAGUUUGUUUUGGUGGUGUUGUUGGUAUGCUUCAUCUGUAAUAUGCUUAGUUUUCUUUCUACUCUAACAUUUGUCUUUUGUUAUUUUUCUUUUAUUGGAGCCAACUCUGUUGCUGAUUA